AUGGCUCCCUUAGUUGUUAAGUUUGAGGACAAAUAUACGCCCACCAAAUCUCAGCCAACCAAAGAGGACAAGAAAGUCUUGAAAAGUGGUAGGCCGAUUACACUUGAAGAGCUGAAACGCAAUAAAAAAGCUCAAGAGGAACAGCUUCUCAAGGGGUCAAAGUCUAAAAGCGAUGAAGAGGAUAUAAAAAAUGAUAUUGCCCUGGAAAGAUUGCUGAGCGAAUCACAUAUACUUGCAGACACAAGAGGAAGUAUAUACUCGGGAGCAGAUCUUACACUUCAGACGCUGGACCAUGAGAAUCCAGUGGGGAAUGCCCGCGUAAAAGCUCUAAACAGUCGAAUUCAAAAAGUGGCAGAGGUUAAUGGAAAUGGCAAGAAGAAGCUUGAAAAAAUGCCGAUGGAGAUGCGAAAGGGAAUGAUCAAGGCACACUUGCGGAAGGUCGAAAAAUAUGAGCGCGAGGCAAAAGAUGCUGGUAUAGUGCUAGCAAAGAAAAAGAAAGAAGAGUUCAGACAGUUGAGUGAUCGUGGGGUCACCUCUAUCAGCACAAGAAUCGGGAAAGGUAUUAAGAAGGAUAAAAGAAUUAGAGAUCGUGGCCUGAAAAUCAAUACUGUGGGAAAAUCUACCAGAAACGGAUUGGUGCUCUCGCAGAAGGAUAUCGAUAAAAUCAAUAAGGGACGCUAGGACGUUUAAUAUAUAUGUUUGAUUCGGGUUAUUCAUCCCACUCGAGUCUGGCCUCUCUGAGCUUGGUGAUUUUGUUGACCAGCUGGACUAAUUGCAGACGUUCGGCGAUUUUGGAAGCUGCAUGCAAAGCUCUCUCAUCCCGUAGCUUACUUGCCAGAUAAAGAGCGUCGUGAAGGUUGCUGUCGUUACAGGACUGGCCGAAUUGUUUUAGGAGCGCUGCAUCGUAUUUGACACUGAUGUCAGCCAAACGCUCCUGCGCAGUCUCGUCGACCACGUCGUCGUUUUGGAUUGCGUCAUUGAGCAAUUCUCCCAAGGUAAUAUGUCGCACCAGUUCUUCUUCAGGGUCCUCUUCCUCUUCUUCCCCGGUAAUUGGAAGUUUCACUGGAAUUUCUAAAGGCAUGGCUAGCGGGAAAGAAGGAUAUUCAGACCCUCUUGUGACUAUGGAGUUGAAAUGAUAUUUCAAGAGUCCCAAUGGCCAGCAUUUUAUAUCGUCACCAAGAGCCAGCUUUUUGACCCCCGCAGCGGUGUCCAAAAUAGGAAUCCAGGAAGCCUGCAGUGGAUCUCUCCAUCUGGUAAGUAUCAGAAGAUAAUCGUCAGCCCCAACAACACAAGGAUCACCAUCAAGAGAGAAGAAAAGCCCCUUCAAAGGAUACGACGAGUACGACCCUCCAGCCAGGGCCAAUGGAAGAUGCUCGUUUCGCUGAAAGUAUUUUCCGUCGAGAUCUUGCACAUUGAAGUUCAAAGACCCCGAAUUGUAAGUGACGGUAAACAAAUACUUGUCGCUAUUGACACAAGCAACCACAGGGGCUGUUUUUUCGAUUCUUUCGAUUCGGCCAAACAAGCUGUAUUUGCGGACAAAACCAAGAGAGGUGGCGAC